AUGCUCAUGGCUAAGGAAGCAGAUCUGGGACGUACUGAUACUGGCCAUAUUGCCCUCCUAUACGCAUCUACCAAUGGCUAUAUCGAUGCUGUUAAAUAUAUCAUACGUAAAGGAGUGGACGUUAAUACUGGUGACGGAGGUGGUUUUACAUCCCUUUAUUACGCAUCAUUAAACGGUCAUCUUGAUGUUGUUGAAUAUCUAGUAAAUACAGGAGCAGAUGUAAACAAGGCAACAAAGAAUGGCUGGACACCUCUUCAUACAGCGUCAGAUAGAAGUCUUGUAGACAUUGUUAAAUAUCUCAUUUCUCAAGGAGCGAACCCGAAUUCGGUUAAUAACGAUGGUAAAUCACCCCUGUACAUUGCUUCUCAAGAGGGUCAUCUUGGUGUUAUUGAAUGUCUUGUGGAUUCAGGAGCUGAUGUAAACAAAACAUUACAGAAUGGCAUGACACCUCUUCAUGCGGCAUCAUCUAAUGGUGCAGUAGGCAUUGUAAAAUAUUUCAUUUCUAAAGGGACCAACCCGAAUUCUGCUGAUAACGAUGGCGAUUCACCCUUAUAUAUUGCUUCACGCAAGGGUCAUCUUGAUGUUGUUGAAUGUCUAGUGAAUGCAGGGGCUGAUGUAAACAAAGCAACAAAGAAUGGAAUGACACCUCUUUACGCGGCCUCAGAUAAUGGUGAAGUAGACAUUGUAAAAUGUCUCAUUUCUAAAGGUGCCAACCCGGAUUCGGUUGUUAACGAUGCUUAUUCACCCCUAAGCGUUGCUUCACUUGAGGGUCAUAUUCAUGUUGUUGAAUGUCUAGUGAAUGCAGGAGCUAAUGUGAAGAAAGCAACACAGAACGGCAUGACACCUCUUCAUGCGGCGUCAGGUAGAGGUCAUGUGGACAUUGUAAAAUAUCUCAUUUCUAAAGGUGCAAACCCGAAUUCACUUCAUGAAGAUAUUUACACACCCCUCAGCGUUGCCUCACUUGAGGGUCAUCUUGAUGUUGUUGAAUGUCUAGUGAAAGCAGGAGCUGAUGUAAACAAAGCAGCACAGAAUUGCUCAACUCCUCUUUAUUUGGCAUCAUCUAUUGGUGCAGUAGGCGUUGUAAAAUUUCUCAUUUCUAAAGGGGCCAACCCGAAUUCAGUUGAUAAUGACGGUGAAACACCCCUAUACAGUGCCUCUCAAAAGGGUCAUCUUGAUGUUAUUAAAUGUUUGAUAAAUGCAGGAGGAGAUGUAAACAAAGCAAAAACGAAUGGCAUGACACCUCUUUGCACGGCAACAUCUAAUUAUGCAGUGGACGUUUUUAACUUGCUCAAUUCUGAAGGCACCAACUCGGAUGAGAUAUAUCAUAUAGAAAGUUCCACAUUGAGCGUUGCCUCACCCGAGGGUCAUCUUGAUGUUGUUGAAUAUCUAGUGGAAGCAGGAGCUGAUGUUAACAAAGCUGCAAAGAAUGGAAUGACACCUCUUUAUUUGGCAUCAUCUAAUGGUGCAGUAGAUGUUGUACAAUUUCUCAUUUCUAAAGGGGCCAACCCGAAUUUGGUUGAUAUCGACGGCGAAACACCCCUGUACAUUGCUUCUCGAAAUGGUCAUUUCGAUGUCGUUGAAUGUCUAGUGAGGGACAAAUAUAAACCACCCUACAUAGUGCAUUAA